AGGCCGGGAGCCGCCAUCACCGGCCGGCGCGCGCCGCCCCUGUGGGCCGCUCCGGUUACCGGGGCAACCGCGGCGCUUCCUCCUUGUGGGCCGCGACCGUCGCUCCGCGCCAUUUUCAAACUGCGCUCGUGCGGGAGCCAUUGGGCGCAGCGGGACGGGCCAGCGAGGACGCCGGGUCCCCAGGGCGAUGCGCGGCGCGGGGGAGCGGCGGCGGGAACGGCGGGCUUUAAUUUUGGAGUGUGAAUAAAACUGGUUUUGGAAGACAAGAUGACUACAGCUGCAGAGAGGAAGUAUAUUAACAUUAGGAAAAGGUUAGACCAGUUGGGUUACCGCCAGACGCUGACGGUGGAGAGUCUGCCUUUGGUAGAAAAACUUUUCAGUGAUUUGGUUCAUACAACAGAAAGCCUGCGGCAGAGCAGGUUGUCCUCGGCGAAGGCAGAGAAGGAAAGUGCCAAUUUCGAUUUUGUGUUGGAACCUUAUAAACUUGAGAAUACAAGGCUGAGCAGGGAGAACAAUGAGUUGUAUCUGGAGUUGAUGAAGCUGAGAGAACACUCAGACCAGCAUAUUAAAGAGUUGAAAACUUCACUGAAAAGGUGCUCCCAUGAGACAGCUGAUCUGAAAUUUCUGAAUAACCAGUAUGUUCAUAAACUCAAACUCCUGGAGAAAGAGAGCAAAGCUAAGAAUGAAAAAAUCCAGCAACUUCAAGAAAAGAAUUUGCACGCUGUAGUACAAACUCCCGGUGGCAAGAAAAGAAGCAUUGCAUUUAGACGCCAGCGGAUGCAAAUCGAUGAACCAGCUCCACCCUCUGAGGUCAGUUCGUACCCAGUUCCGCAGCCAGAGGACCCAUACAUUGCAGACCUCCUGCAAGUGGCUGAUAACAGGAUUCAGGAACUUCAGGAGGAAGUCCACGAGCUGCAAGAGAAGUUAGCACUGAUGGAAAAUGGAGUGAGAGGUUACAGCAAGCAGAUUGAACUAAGAGAACGAGAAAUAGAACGGCUGUCACAUGCUUUGGAUGGCGGUCGUUCCCCUGAUGUCCUGUCUCUGGAGACUAGAAAUAAAACCAAUGAAAAGCUUAUUGCUCAGUUAAAUAUUCAGGUUGACUUCCUUCAGCAAGCUAAUAAAGAACUGGAGAAGCAUAUUCAAGAACUCAUGGAAACCAAGGAAACAGUGACAACCGAAGUUGUGAACCUGAGUAACAGAAAUGAGAAGCUCUGCCAGGAGCUAACGGAGAUCGACCAGCUAGCGCAGCAGCUGGAAAGGCAUAAAGAGGAAGUCCUGGAGACGGCAGACAAGGAGCUGGGGGAGGCAAAGAAAGAGAUUAAAAGAAACCUCUGUGAAAUGCGGAACCUUGAGGAAAAAAUGUCAAAUCUUCAACUGGAAUUAGACUUAUGCCAUAAGGAAAAGGAGAGACUGAAUGAUGAGCUCCUUCUAAAAUCAGACCUGGAAACUGUUGUUCAUCAGCUUGAACAAGAAAAGCACAGACUUAGCAAAAAGUUGGAAAGUUUUGCAGUCACAGAAAGAGAACUGACUUUGGAAGUUGAGAGGAUGAGACUAGAACACGGGAUAAAACGGCGAGACAAGUCGCCCUCCCGUUUAGACACAUUCCUGAGAAGCAUAGAGGAGGAGCGAGACUAUUACAAGAAAGAGCUGGAGAAACUCCAGCAUAUGAUCCAGCGAAGAACUUGUUCUGUGAAUUACUGCACUCGGGAAAAAAUCUCAAUAUACAAAUGCUCAGAAAAGGGUGAUCACAAUUCAGACAUUCAUCUGAUCACAAGAGAAAGAGAUGAACUUCAGCGCAUGCUAGAAAGAUUUGAAAAGUACAUGGAGGAUAUACAGUCCAAUGUGAAACUGCUCACAGCGGAAAGGGAUAAUCUAAGUGUCUUGUAUAACGAAGCGAAGGAGGAGCUGUCUGCACUGAGACAGGAAUCCACUAAUGGGAUAGUCCCCAACAGUCUUGUUAGUUGUAUUGAAAAGGAGAAAGAGCGUGCAUUAUGUGACUUAAGAAGAAUUACAGUGGAGAAGGAAGCUCUGAGAGAAAAGUUGAAAAAUAUCCAAGAAAUGAAUGUUUUGGGGAACUCAGAAUUAGAGAAAACUAUUGAACAUUUAACAUAUAUGAAUCACCAGCUUGAAAAUGAAAAAUUUGAAUUGCAAUCUAAAAUAUUAAUAAUGAAAGAAACAGUAGAGUCAUUAGAGAACAAAUCAAAACUCCAAGCUCAGAAGCUUAGCCACGUUACUGGUGACUCAUCCCAUCAGAAAACCGAGAUGAACUCCCUUAGGAUAGUAAAUGAACAACUACAGCGGUCACUUGAUGACUGUCAGCACCGGCUUUCCAUAAAAAGAGGUGAACUUGAAUCAGCCCAAGAAGAAAUUAAAAUUCUGGAGGAAAAACUAGAGAAACUAAGCUGUAAGAUGACAUCACAGAGCGAAGAAGUUCACGCGAUGAAGAAGACCAUUGGCGUGAUUGACAAGGAAAAGGACUUUCUCCAGGAGACUGUCGAUGAGAAGACAGAAAAGAUCGCCAACCUGCAGGAAAGCCUAGCUAGUAAAGAGAAAGCUAUUGCCCAGGUGAAGGCCACAGUCACAGAGUAUGAAACGUCUUUGAACCAGCUAAAGGACACCUUGGCUAAUCGAGACCGAGAGAUAAGCAGCCUCCGCCGCCAGCUGGAUGAGGCUCACAAGGAGCUUGAUGAUGUUGGGAAGUCUAGAGAGAUCUCCUUUAAGGAAAACAGGAGGCUACAAGAUGACCUGGCCACGAUGGCAAGGGAAAACCAGGAAAUCUCAUUGGAGCUGGAAGCCGCAAUACAAGAGAAAGAAGAGAUGAAGAGCAGGGUUCACAAGUACAUCACUGAGGUGUCACGGUGGGAGAGCCUCAUGGCUGCAAAGGAAAAUGAAAAUAAAGACUUACUAGACAGAUUCCAGAUGCUUCACAACCGUGCUGAGGACUGGGAGAUCAAAGCCCAGCAAGCAGAAGGGGAGAGCAGCUCGGUCCGCCUGGAGCUGCUGUCCAUUGACACGGAGAGGAGACACCUGCGAGAGCGAGUGGAGCUCCUAGAGAAGGAGAUCCAGGAGCACAUAAAUGCACAUCAUGCUUACGAGUCUCAGAUCUCAUCAAUGGCAAAAGCCAUGGCUCGCUUAGAAGAAGAGCUGCGACAUAUUGAAAAUGAGAAGGCAACAGUAUUAAGCGAUCUGUCAUCUCUCCGGGAACUUUGCAUUAAACUUGACUCGGGCAAAGACCUCAUGACCCAACAGCUGAAUUCCAAAAGCCUUGAGCUGGAGAGGGCUAUAGCAGAAUUAGAAAAUGUAAAAUCAGAAUCAGAACUAUUAAAAAAACAACUGACAAGUGAGAGGCAGACGAUCAAAAGUCUUGAAUCGUUGUUAGCUACGAACAGAGAUAAAGAGUUUCAUUCCCAUCUGACCUCCCAUGAGAAGGACACGAAUAUCCAGCUGCUGAAGGAGAAGUUAAACCUCUCAGAAAGCAAGCUAACAAGCCAGAGCCGAGAAACCUCCAUGCUACGUGCUAAAGUGACACAGUUGCAGGCAGAUUAUGACACUCUGAAAAGGCAGAUUUCAAAUGAGAGAUAUGAAAGAGAGCGAACAAUCCAAGAGAUGCGCAGACAUGGUCUUCCCACAUCGCCUCUGAGUUCUACUCUGAGAUCUCCUGUACAGUCUCCUGAACAUAUAAAUACAUAGUUAUCAGGAAGAUGAUGGUUUUCAGGGAGUUCCCACAUGGAUUUUUAUAAGAGCACAAGAGUAAUGAAAUAUUUGAAGUACUUGUUCCUGCGAAUCAUGAACAUUGACACAAAUUCUACCUCUGUCAACCUUUAUUUAAAUCAGUGGAUAUUUAUGUAAAAAUGUUUAGUUUAAAAGAGCCCUACAUGUAUAUUUUCAUAUAUGUGAAAAAACAAAAUAUGUAUUAAUAAUAGUGCUUGAUGUGAUACGUGUAUUUUUAUUAUUCCCAACUAAAAUUACUCCUUAAAAUGUGUUUAUACUGUGACUUAAUUUAAUAUACUCACACUAUGCUUUAAUAAUGUUUCUUAAUGAGCAAUAAUAUAAGCAUGUAAAUAUUCUUCCAUUAUUUAGAUGUGUUUGGUUUUCAUACCUGUGUGUAAGCCCAUAGCAUGAUGAACUAAGAGAGUGAUCCAUUUGAUGCUUUUUUCUUGUAUAACAUCAACCCACGUUUGCUGUCUAUCAUCCAGGGGAUAUAGUCUUAAUAGCAGAACUCUCUUUUUUUAAAUAAAAGAGUUUAUUUGAACUUAUGAUUCCAGAGGGAUAGAGUCCAUUUGGAAAGUAUGACUGCAAGCAGCAGGCAUAGCAGUAGGAGCAGGAAACUGAGUGAUCACGUCUUUACCACAGCACAAAGCCAAGGGUGAACAGGAAGUAGGGAGAAACUGUGUACUCUGAAAGCCCUUCCCCAGGGACAUACUUGCUCCAGUAAGUCUGCUCCUCCUAACCUCCCCAAACAGCAGCACUCCAUAGCUGAGGCCAAGUGUUCAAGUAUCUCAGCCUGUGGGGUACAUUUCUCGUUUAAACCGUCACAUUUUGUAAAACCCAAAAUUUAAAUGAUACCAUUUCUCUUUUUCCUGAAAUGUUUUAUUUCUGAACAUUCAGACCUACUGGAGAUCAGUAAAUUCAGCUACUUAUUUGAAAUUUAUUUAUAUUACCAUCAACUUUGAAAAAAUAUUUUCCAGAUGUAGAGCCCUAGCCAAUAGAAUAUUUCUUUCAUUGAGCCUUUUUAAAAAGAUAACUUUUUUAUGUGCCUAGUGGCCUCACUAGCAGAACUCUUGAUAAAGUAGUUAUUGCUAUGUGUAAUUAAUUGUUGCAAUCUGGAAGAACUAUGGUUGAAGAGAUAACAUUUAUCUAUGAUAUACCUUAUUAUUUUGGCUAUCAUGUGGGCUCUUCACAUGAUACAAUAUUUUAUUAGAAUUAAGUUAAAAUAUAUUUAGAGUUUUGUAAGAUAAUAAAAUGGAAAUUUGGGGCAUUUUUUUACCUAAUUAGAUUAUUCAGUGUACUAGUCUAAAGUUUCAGAAUAUGAAAGUAUAUAAUGUAAACAUAGAAAAGUAGUUUUAUUAACAUUCCAAUGCCUAUUUGUGACCUCUAACCUCGUAUAACUCAGCCCAGUCUUUGAGAAUAGUGGGAAAACACUGUCCCUAGGGCAUGUAAAUUGAAAACAGCUUCUUAGAAAUUCACUUUCAAGGUUGUAAUUUUACAGAACUUAGGUGUAUGCAAACAUUAAGGAAAGAGCAGAGGUACAAAAUAGAAUGUAAGAUACAAACGCUAAUCAUGUUUCAACUCUCCACGUUUGAAGAAAAUCCUCUUGUCAAACUAGAUUUCAUUAUAAUCGAGAAAGAAUGUAAAAGUCAGCAUAGACAAGUGAAGGAUCAACUAUGAACGUGUUUUGUUUCCUCUCAGGUUAAUAAAGUGGGUUUUUGUGUGCAUGUCCCUGGAGAUAGGUAGUACUCUGUGCCUUGGAUGUUCAGGACGUGCCCUUUGCAAUUAUGUGUCCAUAUUUGAGUGUAGGAUGACUUACCCCCCACCAUCUUUGAGAUUUUAUUCAUUCUAUCUCCUUUGAGUAAAUUCAUGUUUUAUAGCCAAAAUUCCAAAGGGAAUAGCAUUUGCAAUGUCAUUUGGAAAAUCUUUUAGUAAAUACACAUUUAAAAAAUAUUCAUCCACACCUUUUCCCCCAAAACUGCAGCAAGACACACUUUGUUAAUGUUCAUUUUUAAUGUUUCUGUAAUUAUAAAUGUUAUGUUCCUAAUUGUUAUUUUAUAACCAUCAUACUACAGUUUUUUAAACAAUUUUAAUUUAAAAUGCCAUGUUCUUUUUAUAGCUAUUUUUACUUUUGUUUUAAAUCAUGGAGCUUGACUAUAGAUUUACCAAUAAACAUACCAGUCAA